GUUUGGGAAGGACGUCAGGAUCAGCAGGAGCUUCUGAAAGGAAUCUCAGAGCUGGACAUCAGAACAGACAGGAUGCUCUCGCAGCUGCUGGUGCACGGGGCCCUGGCCUUUUCCCUGGGAACAGAUAGCUCAUUGGGCUGCUUCCUGGCAGCUGCCUGCUAUGGCCAUGGUCAUGUGGUUCUGGCCGGCCAUGAGAGUUUGGUAUAUCAUCCCAAGAUGAGCACAUUUGUGUUCAACACUCUGCACUGGUUGGCAGGGCACCAGAAAGGGAAAAUUGAGUUGACAUCAGAAAUGCGAAAGCUGAGCCCUAUGUUGUCAAAAAAUAGCUUGGACCUUCUGACCAGUGACUUGAGCAUCUUCUGUUGUUCCACCCUCAACAACAUGGAUGUCAAGAAGGUGGAAGAAUUUGUUACAGAAGGCAGAGGGUUGCUGAUUGGCAAUCAGGCCUGGUCAUGGGCCUACAGUAAUAAAAAUCCUCACUUUAUGUCUCAGUAUCUGAAUAACAAGUUUCUGAAAUGCUUUGGCUUUGGCAUCUUAGAUAAGGGAGGUGCUACAGGCUGCUUCCCAGUCCCCAAGCCAGGGGUGACAAACUACCAUCUCCGCAGAGCUCUAUCCCAAUUUGAGUCUUUGCUGCACAAUGGAAGAGACCUGGUACAGAGCUGGCUGGAAACACUCAUAAAAGACUGCCCCUACAUGUUUCAAAUCCCCUAUGAGGGGAUUCCCAUCUAUGAGUCUGUGUACAAAAAUGUCCUGAAAAUGAUCAGACCAAAGGGCUUGCCACUUGUGAAUGAGAAAAACCCAAUCACCAAGGGCAGCUCCCAGGCUUACCUGAUAUUCUUGGCCCAAGAACUGGUCAAGUCAGGAACUGCCAGCUCUCUGUUGCUCGUGAUCAGAUCCCCUCCCUCUCCACUCCGUCCCAUGCAAUGUCCCAUCAAGAUUGAGAUCAGUGAAAACAACAGUGAUUCCUGGGUGAGUACUGGACUCUACUUACCUGAAGGACAUAUUGCAGAAGUUACACUGCCUAAUGACACGGUCACUGCUAAACUGAAGGUACAGAUAGGCUGCCACACAGACAACAUAAGUCCAGCAAAAACCUACUUCCGACCCCCUGUGAUGACAUACCAGUACAGCUUGGACAGAGCAAGGAAGUCCAUCUACAUCAUCAUGCCCUCUGGCUGUAGACUGGGCCCCACGUCUGUCACCAUCAGUGGGGCUGUGUCAGCCCCUUACUUCAAGCUGGGUAAGACAUCUCUGGAGGAGUGGAAGAGGCAUAUCCAGGAGAACCUGGCCCCCUGGGGAGAGCUGGCCUCAGACAACAUCAUCCUGACAGUGCCAACCGCAAACCUCCAGGCUCUAGAGGACCCUGGGCCUUUGCUCCGCCUCUGGGAUGAGAUGCUGCAGGCUGUAGCCGGGCUGGUGGCCCAGCCUUUCCCUCUCCACUGUCCUGAGAGGAUUGUUGCUGAUGUAAGGAUUUCAGAUGAGGCCUUUGGGUGGGACCCAUUCACCCAGCUCUUUGCUGAGUACUGGACCCUCUCCAAUUUCCCCAAAGACAAUGCUGGCAAGAUGAAUCUUUGGAUGAUGAAGUUCGCUAAAAAAGUGCAGAAGAAUCUGAUUCCUUUCUUUCAGGCCCGGGGCUGGUCUGUCCAGCAGGAUGUGGUUGAUAGUCUGGCCUCCUUGCCAGAGUGGGAGGAAAACCCCCCUGCUCAGUCUCUCUUCAGCUCGCGGUUCCAGCAGCGCCCGGGCCGGAGAGAGGACAGCCCCCUCCCCGGCAGAUACCGCUGUCGCUGGACCCCAAGUCCCGGUGGCGGGGCUGCACAGUCUGGCCCUGCGCUGAGGGCAGCAGCUGUGGUGGCCGGGCGCUGA